UCCCGCUUAGUUCGUCCAACGAUGGUACUUUGUUCUCUCUUACUAGCAGCUUUGCUGUUCGCGGUAUUCAAAUAUCUCAAGCUAGAAAACGUUGAACCGAUUUUUGGAGUGUACAAGCAACCCGGAAGAUGGUAUUACCUCAAGUACCUUGCGUUUUGGUGCAUUUUAAAUUCUCGGAGGGUGUUCGGACGUCUUGGCUCACGACUCCGGCAAAGUGGCUAUGGCAUGAAAUCACGUGCAACCCCAGAAGAAAUGGACAAGGCUCAGGAACUGUCCCCUCACACAGAGGCAUUUGACGCGGUCUUCUUCAUGGCAACAAACAAGGAGGGAUACUACUUAGUUGGGGGCUCAGAGCGUCGACACGAUGGCAUUGUCAAUGGAUUAUUUUACCUUGUGAUUCCAGGAAAGGGGCUUCUCUGUAGUAAAAGAAUUCCUAGUACUCUACUGCACGGUGCAAAACCAAAUGAAUUUGGCGCUGAGGGUAUUCGUUUUACUCCAAUGGUGCCAAUGAAACAUUGGCGUAUCGAGUACAACGGUUCGAUGUGGUUCCAAAAUGAACCGGGCAACUCCAGCAACGUAGAAAUUCAAGCUGACUGGCGCAGUAGCCUUCCGUAUUUUGAUUUUGAUACCGAUUUAGCGAUAGCUCCAACAUGCAGGGCGAUUGCGCGAGAAGACUGGAGCAAGGAAUACUUCGACAGCCUGAAGGCGGCACACCAGACACACUAUGAGCAGAUGGGAAGUUUGAAAGCUAAUAUUAAUAUUGAAGGAAAGGUGUACGAAUUCGAAGGUCAAGCCUUCAGGGAUCAUAGUUACGGAUUCAAGAGAGAUUGGACCCUGAUGCAUCGGUACAUAUUUCACAUGCUCUUCCUGGAAGAUGGGACCAUGGCAUCGAUUGGCGUGAUUUGCCAACCUUGCACCUGUUCCACGCUGGAGGCUGGUUACGUAUACGAACCAGAUGGGUCUCUACACCCGUUGGAAUGGUGCGACCUGAAGUUAUAUCAGCACGGAGAGAACGGAACUGCGCCGAAGGAUCAUGCAUUCACCUUUAAAGCGGGUGAAAAGGUGUACAACGUUCAGGUCAACGUCGAGUACGAAUCCAUACACUUUGUCGGUAAAAACUGGGAGGCAAGGAUGGUCGAACGAUUCGUUCGCUACCGAGUCAACGGCACCGUCAACGGAAGGGGCAUCUCAGAAUUCCAUUAUCGCAACAAAAAUGGUCGAACUACUGAUUAACUGUUCAUCCACAAACAUACAGGAUCUUGUGGCA